UACAUGAGUUGAAGUUUUCAGUGACAAUGGAGGGAGAAUUAGAGGGUAAUAAUGGAACAAAUAAAACUCCAUUGUUGGAGGGAUGGAAGCUUAAAGGAAGUGGACGUCAGAGCAGCCGGCGAUUUAGCCGGCGCAACUCAUUUACAUCACUGAGGCAUGAUUUUAUGUUAAGGCUUCCAGAUAAGGUGAUCAAGUCUUGUGUUAUUAUUGACUCUGAAGCUUCAUCCAUCAUUAAUAAUAUCUCCAAAUCCUCUCACUUAACCAAAGGAGAAAAGAAAUACUAUGAAAGACAGUUUGAGACGUUGAAGUCAUUCGAGGAAGUUGACAUCGCCGUCGCGUCCGAUGGCAUCGAUGAAGAGGAUCUUGAAGAACAAGCUCAACAAGAGAGAGCAAUGACCAUCUCCAAUUAUGCAAACAUUUUACUUCUGGCUCUUAAGAUCUAUGCCACGGUGAAGAGUGGUUCCUUAGCUAUCGCUGCAUCUACAUUGGAUUCGUUGCUUGAUCUCAUGGCUGGUGGCAUACUAUGGUUCACUCAUCUUUCGAUGAAAAGUAUAAAUGUUUAUAAAUAUCCCAUCGGAAAGUUGAGAGUGCAACCCGUUGGAAUCAUUGUGUUUGCUGCUAUUAUGGCUACACUCGGUUUUCAGGUGUUGAUCCAGGCUGUGGAACAACUAGUUGAAAAUAAACCUCCUGAAAAGAUGACUUUGAAUCAGCUUGCAUGGUUAUAUUCAAUCAUGUUAACUGCAACAGUGGUAAAACUUGCCCUGUGGCUUUACUGCAGAAGUUCACGGAAUGACAUUGUCCGCGCCUAUGCAAAGGAUCACUAUUUCGAUGUGGUUACUAAUGUAGUCGGGUUGAUAGCAGCUGUACUUGGUGAUAAGUUCUACUGGUGGAUUGAUCCUGCUGGUGCUCUAAUCCUUGCUAUUUACACAAUCACAAACUGGACAGGCACUGUGAUAGAGAAUGCAGUGUCACUAGUGGGACAGUCAGCCCCUCCUGAAGUUCUGCAGAAGUUAACGUAUCUUGUUAUGAGACACCCUCAAGUGAAGCGCGUUGAUACAGUUCGAGCAUACACCUUUGGUGUGUUGUAUUUUGUUGAGGUUGAUAUUGAACUCCCGGAAGAUUUGCCAUUGAAAGAAGCACAUGUUAUCGGAGAGGGUCUACAAAUAAAGCUCGAGAAACUUCCUGAAGUGGAACGUGCAUUUGUUCAUAUUGAUUUUGAAUGUGAACACAAACCAGAGCACUCUGUCCCCAGCAGGAUUCCCAACAAUGAACCUUAAAAGAGUGUUUUCAUCACAGGUUUGAGCCAUGGAAUCAGCCAGCAUCACGAUAGGCUGCCGACAUUACACACAUUAAAGUGCAACCCUUUUCCACACACGGCUCCGGGCUCCCCUUCUAUUUCUCAAGCAUUUCUCCUACCUUCAAACUAUACAACAUAAUAUAUAUCCUUUCUAUCCAGCUCAAGUAUCUCCCUUGUGUAAUGACAUUCUUGAGCUGCAAUUUACAUUUAUGUAUCCAGCAUAAAUAGAUAUACACAAGAGACAAGAAAGUUGAUUGUAUAUACAUAGGAGACGAGAAAGUUGAUUG